AUGCAUCAGUUAAAAGAUAUAUUGUUUGCUAAUUACAUGGCUGUACAAAUUAGAUAUUCUGAUGAUGGACAGACACAUGAUGAGUCCCUGUGUACCACCUUGAUACAGCUGUUAAACAGAACUACAUGUAUAGACAGAGAUUUGAUGAUGCAUUUUGUGAGGACAUUCUUGCUGGAGUCCAACUCUAUCUCCAUUAGAUGGCAGGCUCACUCUCUUAUACAUCAGAUUUAUAAGAACAGGAAGACAAAGAAGUACCUUGAUCGAGCCAUUGACUUACUGAAGGAUGAGAAUCAAAUACUAGCCAACCAUCCUAAUGCUCAGAUAUACAAUAUGUUGCAGGGCCUUGUAGAUUUUGAUGGGUAUUAUUUGGAGAGUGGCCCAUGUCUGGUCUUACACAAGCCUGAAGCUGUCAAACAUCAAGGUACGAGUGAUGAAUAUAUAUUACAACAACAGGACAGUACAAGCUGUAGUGGAACUGUAAAACAAACCAGGACUUUGGCGCAAGGCCAGAAAGAUGACACUUACUGCAGGUCAGACAGAUACCAAGUGGCGUGUAAUCUGAUGAUAGAAUAUGCUGAUUUCUAUGACAACCUUCAAGCUACCAGUGAGACAUUACAGUGUCCACACUGCAGUGCCUCCAUCCCAGCUAACCCUGGAGUUUGCGGUAACUGCGGGAAAGUGUGUUCCGGUGUCAUAAAUGCAGGUAAGAUAUCUCAGCCUCUUGUGUUCAGCCAUAGGUUUAUCCAUUUUCAAGCCAUUAAUUAUGAUGAGAAAGACCCGUUCCUGUGUAAUGCCUGUGGCUUCUGUAAAUAUGCCAAGUUUGAUUUCACCCCCACAGCCAAACCAUGUUGUGCUGUAGAUCCUAUUGAGAACGAGGAAGACAGGAAGAAGGCUAUAACAAUUAUAAAUUUGCUGUUGGAGAAGGCAGACCGAAUCUUUAAACAGUUACAACUGCAUCGUCCAGCACUGGAGAACCUGGGGAUCCAGGUAGCUGAGCACAGCACUGGCAGACCAGAAGAUGGUGAUGGACAGGGGGGAGGAGUGCCAGGAUCAGCUGUGAAUAAGUCUAUACAACAACUAGCCCUGAAAUACUGGGGAGAAAGCAAAUCUUCUUUUGACGAACUCAGCAAAAUUAUACAGAAAGUGUUAGCAUGUAGAAAGGAGCUGGUAGACUAUGAAAGACAACAGAGACAGGCUGUAGCCACCAGCAGUUCCCCAGUCACAAGCCCUAGAGACCCACCCGUACUUAAACAACCUGUCAAGAAAGCAGAGAAGUUCAGUGGCAAGCCAAGCCAUUGUUUUGGAAGUGCAAGUGCAGCUGUGGAACACUGUAUAACAUUGAUACGAGCCCUUGUCACCAACACCAACCUUAGACAUAUACUCUGUAGUCAGGGUAUGAUUCAGGAGUUGAUAGAUUUCAACAUGCGCCAAGCCACACUACACGUAAGAUCCCUGCUCUGCCUACUGACAAAAGACAACAGGCGUGGAACAGGGAAAAUGAACAACAUUAUAAUGACUCAUAUAUCAGCAGCAGUCAAAGGACAUCUGUCCAACCCAGAUCUUGGUUCUUCUGUGAGACAUGAGAUACUGUUGCUGGCUAACUCCCUUAAACAAGAAGAUACAUGUUGGGAAUUCAGGGUGAGAUGUGUGAUGCGACUCUUCCUGAUGGGAAUGUCCGAAUGCAGCUGAAACAACUGGUUAUUAUGGAAUGUGUGACAUUACCCUGUCUAAGGAUACUCCAACAUCUGAUUAGACCAGACAAGUCACAGAUAGCUAAGCAGUGCAGCAGACGACACCAACAGCAGAGAAGAAUGAAGAAAUUACUGAGAAACCAUCAGAAAAAGAUAAAUCUGUUGAGAAGACUGAAGUUCGGGCUUGUUAUCUUGAGGAGAAAUAUGCCACUAGAUGGCGUACCAAGAUGUGGAAGGUUCCCGGUGUUCCAUUGAAGCCGACACAAACAACUUGGCUGCAGCAGGCUAUAUUCUCACCAUCGUCCCAGUCAGCAAGACAGACAGCCAACAGGGUGAUUGAGUAUAUAGCUUAGGUUCCAUCUAGGAAGAAAGAAAUUGAGGACAUGCUCACAGGGUAUUUGGAUCAGGUGGGCAAGGCUUGAGAAUGUCCCCAGGAGUUCCUAUCCCUCUAUGGUAGGAUUAUACAACCAACCCAUUGGAAACAUUACCUUGCUAUCAAGGGGGUGUUACUCAAACUUGGAGAUCUGAUCACCAAGGAGGUGGAGAAACUACAUUACCUUGAGGAGACAACACUGAGUUCUGAUCUGGCACAAGAGUUACUGUCCCUGUUUGUUCAACAAAAGGAGAUAAAACAGCACUACAAGAAUAGACUGGUUGGUUACGUCCUGAAUGGAUAUCUCUCACUGAAGAAACUUCUGUUGCAGAGAACUAAAUUGAUAGAUGAGACACAGG